CUGGAAAGACAUAGAGAGACGAAAUGCUGUCUGUGCUGGUUCUCACUGUAUUCCUCAGUAUCAUCAACUGCUCCAUUGUUUCGGUGAAGAGUUUCGAUAACGUACAAUUUUUGAUUCCGGACAAUUGUCUAUCCCUUUGUGAACUUUUGGAAAAGGAAACUACAAAUUCAAAUGGUACCUUAUCUAAUUUUAAAUUUUCACGUGCCUUUAAUUUAGAUGGAAAGCGUUGUCUUAUACCGGCUGGAAAUCUGAGGAUAAACGUAUAUUUGCCUCCGCAGUAUACGAGUCUCAUUAAUGAUAUUGGCUGUAGAAAAUUUAUAUAUGAAGUAGUAAUAGAAAAGUGUGGAAAUUGUGAAAGUGUGGGAAAGCCGACCAAUUUCGGAGCAUAUCUCUAUGCGAAUAUCGCCUUAUAUCUACAGCCGAAACGUUGUUCCAACAGUUUGAUGUAA